AUGACUUCAGAGGACUGGACCAAGGAGGAAGGAGAAGACAAAGAUGAUAUUUCCAGUGUUACCGAGGGACCAAGUGAAACCGCGUCAACUGUGCCGGAGAGUGAAGGUGGAGUGCCUCUCCCAGUGCCGAGUAUUUUCUCAGCCACUUCAAUGUCUCGUCGCCAGCUUACCCCCAUGGACCACGAGAAACUAGCAGGUGGAGCGUGGCUCGAGCAGGAGGAUGCCAAAUCCACAGCUCCUCCUUCAGAGGCCGAGUCUGCUGCGGUCACCCGGGCCGCCAGUAUGGCCGCCAAAUAUUCCGGGUGGAACGAGAAUGCCGUUGAGGCUGAGAAGAAAAUGGCACCACCUGCCUUGACACGCGCAGUACCGGCAAAAGGAUCUGAGCCUGAGAGGAGAAUUAAAGGCUGGGCUAAAAUCACUUCAGCCGAUCCGGAACGCAGUGCUCGUAUCUUGAAAAUGUCAGAUCCCACGCGCUUCGACAAAACCAAAGAAGAUGAAACUGAAAACCCGUCUGGUCGUACCAUUAUUGGCGCCAAAGAUCGAAGCAGACUCCAUAAGCAGAUCCGUACUGGGGGUGCCGAGUCUGCUUCCCCAACCAUCUAA